GCGGGCGGGAAGAACUCUGCGCUGCCUGGCGUGGGCGUCGGCGGAGGUCGACGUCCCAGCGGGCAGCAGGUGGUGGGCGUCGCUGCCGCUGCCCCCGCGCCAUGGAAGGGGCGGCCGUGGCAGUAUGCGAGAUUUUGAAAUAUUUAAUAAUUCACUGGAAGUGUGAAACAGCAGGAGUAUCAAAGGGAACGUUGCUAGAACGACAGCUAGUGAUUUCCAUGGAAGCAUUAAAUUCUAAGCACCAGGCAAAUACUCUUCAUUGUGUAACAACUAUUGCUUCUGCGGGAAGCAUUUAUGAUGGUUUGGUUCUCAGGAAGUUCCUAAAAGAAAUACAAUCUAUAUUGCCUGGAUUCUCUGCAAAGCUGAAUUGGUCUUCAGAGGAACCCAGCUCUUCUCAGGACAUAUCAGGGGUAACAAGAUUCCAGAUGAUUUUUGAGGUUAAUGAAAAACCCAGAACUUUGAUGACAGAUAGUCUGGUGAUAAAGAAUUUUUUACAUAAAAUUGUCAUGGUACACCCUAAGAUUAGAUUUAAUUUUAGUGUAAAAGUGAAUGGAGUCCUUUCCAUGGAUAUCUUUUGGACAAAGAAUGAACCCACUUUGAACCUGUCAAAUGGAAUUUCUCUUGUUAUAAGCUAUCGGCAUUAUGUGAGUAGACCAAAAUUUGGUACAGCUGAAUUACUCUGCAGCAGAAUCCAUCCUGUGUUAGGACAUCCAGUAAUACUUUUCAUCCCUGAUGACAUGGCUGGCAUGGGCUUCUUGGGAGAGCUGAUACUGACUCCAGCUGCUGCUCUGUGUCCCUGCCCCAAGGUCUUUUCCAACCAGCUGAAUAGAAUUUCUUCAGUUUCCAUAUUUCUGUAUGGACCUUCAGGUCUGCCUCUGAUAUUGCCAAGUCAGGAGCAGCCAAAUACUACUGUCUUCAAAGAUAUCUGUUAUUUCAUUGACUGGAAGAAAUACCACUUGUGUAUGGUGCCCAAUUUGGAUCUCAGCUUGGAUAGAGAUUUGGUGCUUCCAGAUGUGAGUUAUCAGGUGGAAUCCAGUGAGAGAGAUCAGUCUCAGAAUACGGACUCCCAGGGACAAACUCUGCUGCUUUUUCUCUUUGUGGAUUUUCAGAGCGGAUUUCCAGUCCAGCAAACAGAACUAUGGAGAGUCUACACGUUGCUCACUGCUCAUCUCAGUACCAUCCUCACAGAGAGCCACAGUGUAGUGCAAGAUUCCAUCCAAGUUGCUGUGGACCAGGCCUUGGAGCAACAUUACCAGGCUAAGGAUCAUCAGAAAUUGCAGGCCUCACUCUCAGUGGCUGUAAAUUCCAUCAUGAGUAUCGUGACUGGAAGCACCAGCAGUAGCUUCCGAAAGAUCUGUCUCCAGACUCUUCAAGCAGCUGACACUCAAGAGUUUGGGACCAAACUGAAUAAAUCAUUUCAUGAGAUCACCUGGCAUCGAUAUCUUCCCUACUGCUCAUGUGAGAUGAAGCAGCUACUCCCAGAGAAAAAUGCAGAGCAGAGCACAGAGGAUGCACAUGAAAACAGCAGCCCUGAGCAACUUGCAGGGACCGGCGGGCAAGUGGAAAACAAGACGCUCAAAAGGGGCAGCCUGCGGCGGGGCAUGAAGGAGACGCGGACCUUCCCCUCUGCCAAGGCCUCGAGGCAGUCAGAAGCCGCCGCGUGCCGCACGGAGCCCACAGGGGCAGGGGCCUCCCCGACAUCUGGCGGGAGCAGGGAGAGUCCCGGGGGCGGCCUGGAGGACUCGCUCUGGCUGCAGGAGGUCUCCAAUCUGUCCGAGUGGCUGAGCCCAGGCCCUGGGCCCUAAGCUGGGGUGCCCUCCCGGCGCUUCCACACCUGCCGGGCGGCUGUUGGGGCCGCGUGCUGUCUGUUGUUCAAUAAACCAGCUCUGCGUGC